ACGUGCAAAAUAAAUUGACGUAACAAAACUUGCUAUCAACAAUAGUUUUUUGCGAUGCUAAAAAUAACUAUAUAUAAUUUAUUUUUUCAUAUUCUUUGAAAAAACUAAGAAUCAAUGUCUUUAAAUUUAUUUGAAUUCUUGACCAGCUUAAUACGCAGAAUGCUAGCACUCUUGUCCUUUGGCCAAAAAACAAUAACCAACACACUCAACGUAUAUGUAAAAACCAACACCGGACGAACGUUAUCAGUUAAUUUGGAACCAAAAUGGGAUAUAAAGAACGUGAAGGAAAUUGUGGCUACUGAACUUGGUCUGCAACCAGACGAAAUGAAAAUAAUUUUUGCAGGAAAGGAGCUGAGUGAUGCAACUACCAUUGAGGAAUGCGAUUUGGGUCAACAAAGUGUACUACAUGCUAUACGUUUGCGCCCACAGCAGCAACGUCAACGUAUGCAUUCAACUGUUAUGGAAGAAGAAUCCUUAUCAAUAGAAGAGCCUUCUAAGCCAUUAUGUGAAACACUGGUUGAUUUACAGUUGCAAAGUGAAGAACGUGUGAAUAUUAAUGAAGAAGAUCGCGAAAGAACAAAGGCUCACUUCUUUGUACAUUGCACACAAUGCAACAAACUCUGUAGAGGAAAACUACGUGUGCGUUGUUCACUUUGUAAAGGCGGUGCAUUUACCGUACAUCGUGAUCCUGAAUGCUGGGAUGAUGUGCUUAAGUCUAGACGUAUUACUGGUCAUUGCGAAACUCAAGAAGUAGCUUGUGUGGAUAAUGAUUCUGGCGAUCCACCAUUUACAGAGUUCUAUUUCAAGUGUGCUGAACACGUAUCUGGUGGUGAAACAGACUUUGCAGCCCCUUUAAAUUUGCUAAAAAUUAAUAUAAAAGAUGUUCCAUGCUUAGCGUGCACCGAUGUAAGUGAAACGGUUCUAGUCUUUCCAUGUGAAUCAAAGCAUGUUACCUGCAUUGAUUGUUUUUUGCAAUUCUGUCGUUCACGCUUGUUAGAACGACAAUUUAUGCCUCAUCCGGAAAUUGGUUAUACAUUAGCUUGUCCUGCCGGCUGUGAAAACUCUUUUAUUGAAGAAAUACAUCAUUUUAAGUUAUUGUCACGUGAUGAAUAUGACCGUUAUCAACGUUUUGCAACUGAAGAAUAUGUUUUACAAGCGGGAGGUGUGUUAUGUCCACAACCGGGCUGUGGUAUGGGUCUUUUAGCUGAUCCAGAAUGUCGUAAGAUAACAUGCCAAAUUGGAUGUGGUUAUGUUUUCUGCCGAAAUUGCCUUCAAGGCUAUCACUUGGGUGAUUGUUUGCUGGAUGAGAGUAAUACUAGUCCAGCAGGAUCAUGUGAAUAUGCUGUAGACCCAAAUAGAGCUGCUGACGCUCGUUGGGAUGAAGCAAGUAAAGUUACUAUUAAAGUCUCAACAAAACCUUGUCCAAAGUGUCGUACACCUACUGAGAGGGAUGGAGGUUGCAUGCACAUGGUAUGUACACGCGCGGGUUGUGGUUUUGAAUGGUGUUGGAUAUGUCAGACAGAGUGGACUAGAGAUUGCAUGGGCGCUCACUGGUUUGGAUAGCUCUGAUCUUUGUAUUGUUAUUAUAUUAUAUAUAUAUUUCAUAUAAUUUUAUUGACAAAAUGGCUAUCUGAACUAUUAGCAA